CCCUGACAGCCCCGGCGGUGGACCCGCGAUCCUCGCUCGCUCGCUCGCGCAGCCGCCGCGGCCUCCACCCCGGCCCGAGUCCGUCCCUCGCCUCGGCGCCCACAUCCGGGGGCCGUCCGGCCCGCGUCGCUGCGGAGGCCGCAUCUGGCGCGCAUCUGGAACCGCCCGGCCGGCCGCGCUGGAGCCCGCGCCUGCCCUGGCCCGGCCGCGCCGGGAGCCCUGCCCGGAGCUGGAGCCGCACCUGGAGCCGCGGGCCCGGGGCCUUGAGCCGCGCAGCCGGCGCAUGGUGAACUCGCUGCUGUUCGGGGAGAUGGCCUUGGCCUUCGGCUGCCCGCCGGGCGCCGGCGGCGGCGGGGUCUGCCCCGGUGGCGGCGGCGGCGGCGGCGGGGCCGGGCCGGGGCCGUCGCCGGUGACGGCGGCGCUGCGGGACGACUUGGGCUCCAACAUCCAUCUCCUGAAGGGGCUCAACGUGCGCUUCCGCUGCUUCCUGGCCAAGGUGCACGAGCUGGAGCGGCGCAACCGGCUGCUGGAGAAGCAGCUGGAGCAGCAGCAGAGCGAGCGCGAGCGGCGGCUGCGCUACAAGACCUUCUCCCGCGAGCAGGCCGUGCAGACCGGGCCCGAGCUGCUGCAGCCGCCCGCGCCCGGUGGCGUGCACGGCAGCGGCGCGGCGGCCGGCGCCAACGCCAACGCGCUGGCCCUGGGCGGCCUGCCCCCCGGCGGCGGCUCGCACCCGCAGCACUACGGCCGCCUGCCCGGGACCAUCUGGAGCUACACGCAGGUGCGGCGCACGGGCGGCGGCGGCGUGGAGACCGUGCAGGGCCCCGGCGUGUCGUGGGUGCACCCCGACGGCGUGGGCGUGCAGAUCGACACCAUCACGCCCGAGAUACGCGCGCUCUACAACGUGCUGGCCAAGGUGAAGCGCGAGCGCGACGAGUACAAGCGGAGGUGGGAGGAGGAGCUGGCCAAGCGCAUGAACCUGCAGACCAUGGUGGACACGCUGCAGGAGGCGGCGCAGGAGGCCGAGGCCAUCCAGGAGGAGAUGAACGAGAAGAUCGAGCGGCUCAAGGCCGAGCUGGUGGUGUUUAAGGGGCUCAUGAGUGAUCCCAUGACAGACCUGGACACAAAGAUCCAAGAAAAGGCCAUGAAGGUGGACAUGGACAUCUGCCGCCGAAUCGAUAUCACGGCCAAGCUGUGCGAUGUCGCACAGCAGCGGAACUCGGAAGACGUGUCCAAGAUCUUCCAGGUGGUCCCCAAAAAGAAAGAGCGUAAGGUCGCUUCGGACGAUGACAUCUCGGAGCAGGAUGGGGAGGUGAACCGGUUCUCGGAUGACGAGGUCGGCUCCAUGAACAUCACAGACGAGAUGAAACGCAUGUUUAAUCAGCUGCGGGAGACCUUUGACUUUGACGACGACUGUGACAGCCUGACGUGGGAGGAGAAUGAAGACACGCUGCUGCUCUGGGAGGACUUUACCAACUGCAACCCGACCAUCGACCUGCAGGGCGAGCAAGAUGAAAACCUGGGCAACUUGAUCCAUGAGACUGAAUCCUUCUUCAAGACGAGAGACAAGGAGUACCAGGAAACCAUAGGCCAGAUUGAGCUGGAGCUGGCCACAGCCAAGAGCGACAUGAACCGACACUUGCAUGAGUACAUGGAGAUGUGCAGCAUGAAGCGUGGCCUCGACGUGCAGAUGGAGACCUGCCGCCGGCUCAUCAAAGGCUCUGCGGACAGGAAUUCACCGUCCCCCAGCUCCGUGGCCAGCAGUGACUCAGGAAGUACAGAUGAGAUCCAGGACGAGUUUGAGCGGGAGGCGGACGUGGAGCCCAUGGUCAGCUGAUGACUGAGGCCCCCGUGCCUGGUGGUCUUGGCGAUGGGGCCUCUGCCCCUUUCUCUCCAUGGGGCCGGGAAGGCUCCUCGGAGUGGGCUCCAGUCCUCCCCACACAGACUUCCUCUGCCCUCCCUUCUCUGGAGGCCCCGAGGGACCGCUGCUUCCUUCCUUCCACCCCGCCACCAACCAGUGUCCCUUCUGCAUUCACCCACCCAAGGAAUGGUGCUGUCAAUUUCUAUUGUUCUCCACGUUACAAAUGCAGACUUCUGUCCGGACGAUGCAGUGUCAACUGUGCCUUUUCCCUUAAGCUGAGCCACUUUGAGCUCCAAAGAAUUAUUCCUUGCAGGUGUUUUUAUACAAAACUCUAGGUGAGGGCAGGGCCCCCAGGCAUGGUAUCCUGCGAUUUUCUACCCUCCCACCUGCUCCUCUGAUUGGCCGUGAGCUAUGCCCUCCCCUCCUCUGCUGGCCAGCGCUGACCGAGCUGGGCUUGGGGUGGUCUGCCUGCCCCCAGGAAGGAGGUGUUUGCCUCUGCAACCUUCUUAGGCCUGGAUGGGGACCUCCCAGGUGUUCUUCACUUACCGAAAGAGAGGAAAGAUGGGAAGCGGGGGGGAAGACAAAUUUUUAUUUUCUUUUUGGAUCGAGUGGCAAAGCAGAGGGACAAGGCACUGUGGGGGAAGGUGGUGCCUCACUGUGUUUAAACUACUAUGCAAAAAACAAACAAACAAACAAAAGCAGCUUGCCUUAUAUCAUCGUGGAAGGUCGGCCCUCUCCCAGACCCCUGGUUUUCCCCUGGAGCUGGGAGGGAGGCCAAAGUAGGGCGGUCUCUCUGGCAGCCUCCGAGGGUGAGCACUGACUGGGGAAGGGGUUCGGUCAAGGUCGGUAGCGAGGCCUGGGUCCUGCAAGGCCCUUGGCCACUUGACUGCUUGCUUUCUUGAGACUUCUGUGGGGUGGGGGGAUCUUUUAUUGCCCUGAUGACUUGAUGGUUUUCUCUCCCUUUCCAACCAACAAUAAGGGGUUGUGUAUCUUUAAUUUCUCUGUGAGAAAGUCUCAAGGGGGCCAGGUCUGGCAUCCACCCCUCCACAGUGGGGCCGGGUCAGUACUGCCUGCUGCCAUCUUGGUUCUCCACUGUCUCCCAGUCGCCCGCUGUUUGGCCACUGGUAGACACUGGAAGGGGAAGGGAAAGGAGACAGCGAGGGCUGCUGGCAGAUUGGAGGUGGCAGGAGUAGAGCUGGAGCGAGAACCAUCCUCUUCUGCUUGUGGACACAUGGAAGCAUCUUUCCAUAAUUCACUUGGUUGACGGACCAGUGGGGGAGUUAAUCUGAGCCGGUACCUCCCCAGGACUGGAGUGGGCCUGAGUCAAAGGGCACUGUGUCGAGGCCACCUGCCAAAUCUCAGCUUGCAGCCAGCUGAGCAGGCUUUGGUUUUUUUUUUUUUUAAUUUCCUUUUGUACCCACUACUGUGGGUGCAAGUGCAGAUUUUUGUUUUCGUUGGCCCGGGAGCUCCCCCUGGAGGUCGAAGGAGCAAAAUGUGCCCCAGGACCAGAACUUAGCACCUGCUGCUUCUGUCUGCAGGCAGAGAGCUCUGGCCUUGAGUAGGAUGUGGCCCUGUCCUUCCUCCAGCGUACCAGCGACCCGUAAGGGCCUUCUUUCUCUUCCAUUCUAGUUUUCAGUCUUAAAGCCAUUGUACAUAAUAUUCAUAUAAUAUAUAUAUAUGGAGAGAGAGAGAAUGUUAGUGACUGUGUGUAAUUUUUAUUUAUCAGAACUUGGUGGCCUUUAUUGUGAAUUUUUUCCUUUUUUUUUUUUGUUGGGGGACCUCCUCCUGGUUCUCUGUGGCAGUCUGCCUGAGAGGCUUCCAUCCCCAGCAUCUCUGAUUAGCCACCGUCCCUCGGUAGGGACAUGGAAGGACAAUGGUUUCAGAGGAGAGACAGCCUUCCCCUCCUUCCACUGACCUGUGUUCUAAAGGUGACAGGGUUCAAACCUACCUGAUUAUUACUGUCGUUAUUGUUAAUGUUGUUUUAGUUUUAGUUUUAUUUUAACCAAAGGUUAUCAGAGCCAGUUGGGCUUGGACCUCAGCUGCUAAAAAGAUUUUCCGUUUCUGAGACGGGGGGCAGAUGGUCGCCCCCAAGGGCCUCCUUGGUGCAGGCCUGCGGGAGGCAUUGAAUGGCAUGGUCAGGCAGGCAGAGUGGAAGCCAGCCUCGGCUUGUUCCUCAAGGUGGUGGGAGGGUAGCAGACCUAUCUUUAGGGUUAAGAUAGUAAGGCAACGGUGUAAGCAUUGGGGGUCACUAAGGCGACCGUGGCGAGUGGUGUCCAGUGGUUUUAUUUUUGCUUUCCCCCUCGUAUCCAUAGGACAUUUAUCUUUGGGGACUAGGGUACUCUGAAUCUGUCCAGGGAGGAUGGAAAUGGCAGGAGCUAGAGACAGACAUUGGCUGGAAAGUUCUUCCUGCUGGUUUUUAAUAGCUGCUGUCCCCUGGGGAGCAAAGAUUCCAGGCAGGUGGAUGCAGGGGGACAGCAAGAGUUGGGCAGCCAGCCUCCUGGGUGGGGUCCUGGGUCUUGGCCUGGACCAAGGCCUGGCUGCCUCCCUCCCCACCAUGUUUUAUUUUUGAGUUAGUUGCCAGUGGGCCCUGCUUGUCCCCCGCCACGAGCCCACAGCUUGCCAAGAAAGACCCCAACGCUCGCUGGGGCAGCACCUGGUCCAGUUGGGACAAACUGGUCCGUCCUUUGUAAAGCUGUAAAUACUUAAUUUUGGUUUUCUAUUUCUAGGCCCAGUGUCAUAUUGACACUGGUAUUUUAGAAUUGUUCUCAGAUGGGCUCUCCUCUGCUGCCCUCUCUCACUCUCCUAUUUUGGGGGGUUUUAUAAAAAGAGGAUGGAGAGGGGCAGGAGAGUAGCUUCCUUUUGGCUCCCUGGUUGUGGAAUACGCACACACGCACACACACACACACACACACACACGCAUACACACACACUCUUCUGAGACUCCGAACAGGGAACAAAAUCAUUGGCAGGUAAACACGUUUUGUUUUCUUGUAGCAAUAUGUCUUGAGGUCUCCGAAGGGCCCGUCCAGCCUGGACUUAGCCCUGUGGGUGUAGCUCAGAUGACCCAUGGAGAAUCAAACCACUUUUGGCUUGGGGUGGGGGAGAGGGUGUGGGGUAGGGGAUAAUAUAAGUUGUAACUUAAGCUAAACGUAAUCUAUUUAUAAAGCGAGAGACUCUCAUCUAUUUUUAUGAAAGGAAAGGGUUUUAACCCCGGGCAGGCAGUGGUGGCCACCCAGCGCGUUUCUGUGGCCAGGAUGCAUGUUGCUGCUGGGUUUAAUAUAUCCAGUACCCCUCCCCUGUCUCCCCGUCCACACCGCCUGCUCGUCUACACCCAGGAGCAGCUUCAGCAGAGCGAAAGUCCCACUGUACCUCAUUUCCCCGGUCCCCGCUCCCUCAGCUCCUUGGUCCUGGGAAGUCUUAGUGGGGAGGGCACUUGUGGAAGUAGGCAGGCAGCGGGGAAUUCAGAAUUGAGGUGGGUGGGGGGAGGGAAAAGGGGCACCAGGUGGGCAACAAACCCUGCUUUUCAGAGCGCGGGCUCUGAUUAGUUCCUUGAGCUCUCGUCUCCCAAGGUGCAUUUCCAAGCAUAGAGCGUGGGCGGCAAUGGGGCACACGGAUUCCUUGGGGCCUGGGCCCUACCGGGUCCCAGGUUGUCAGGCAGCUGGAGCAGGAGUGGAAACAUGAGGACUUGCUCGUAGCCCAGCCCUGGCUGUGCCUGCUCCAGGCGCGGGCCUGGGCUCCCGUUCUUGAUGUGCUCCUCCCAGGCCCUGGAUGCAGAACUAGGGGCUGGGGCCUUCCUCAGACCUGAGUCCUCCGCCUUGAGACACUGAGCUCGGGGUCCUAGGAGGGCUCUGUCCUAGACUGGGGAGUCUGGAGGUGCCCGGGUGGGUAUGGAUAAACGCAAAUUCUCUCUGGAAGGGAAUUUUCCAUGGGUGGAAGAUUUCCAAGCUCAGAGGGGCUGUGUGUUAGUCUUGGGCGAAUCCCUCAACAUUCCCCCUGCCAAGCCUGAAAAGAAAUGAGGCAAAGGCACCCUCCACUCCAUCCCUUCCGUGGACAUUUUGGCAUCAACCUGAUUUCUAGCCCCAUCCAGGGAGAUAUUCUAUCCUGUGGUCCCAUCCCACCCCACUGUUGCUGUUUGUCUGUCAGCUGGGUCUAGCAUCAAGGGGAAGGGGGGGUUUAUACUCAUUGAAAGACUACUGAUCCUACCGGAAACCAACCUGUUUACUGUACUCUUGUAAAUAUCAUGCCCUUUAUAUCCUGUAUAUUGGCUUCUUUUAAAUAAAGUGAAAUGUCUUAGA